GUUUACAGCAAGUGAACUGUACACUCAAUCAGAUGUAACUGUUACAUCGCUACAUCUACGAAGAUUUGAUAUUGGUUUCCUUAAACUCUUGAAGAAAGUCUGGUAAGUACGUUGCAUCACUUACUUUCCUAUCUGUUCUAAACUGAGCAUAUUAGGUACAAAUAAUUAAUCAAACGACUUCAGAUGAAAACAUAAUAUAUGCCAAAUGCCAUACACGUUGCUAGCUGUAUUGCUGAUACUUUGAAACGCGAAAUAAGAGCUUAUAGGAAAGUAGUCAAGGCCUAUAGGAAUGUAGUCAAUGGCGUUGAAAUAUCAUGGUGCCAAGCGCACAAAACAUAUACUCAUUUAACAAUUCGGUCAUUCGAACACAAGUAGGAAGUACGCUAAUGCAAAACAGUUCGCACGAAGUUUCCAAAACAUAAUAUGCGUGAGCAUGCAUGCAUGAGAGCAAAAACGACAAACUUAUUAAAUACCGAAGAGAAAAUUAAAUACAAUUAUAUUACAUUCCGAAGGCAAUUAUAACUUUCAAAGAAAUUUGAGAAUCAUAUGAAAAUCAUGUGAUUAUAUUAUGAAAGAAUAUUCAUAACAUGUCGCGACAUGCACUCCGAAGGUUAUUUUAACUUUCAAGGAAAUUUGAGAAUCAUAUAUAUGAUCGUAGACUAGUAUAAAUACGUGAAGACCUUUAUGUACUGUUUAAUAAACGAGCAGGAGUGUUUUAUUAUGUUUAAAGCCACGAGCGCGCAGCGCGAGUGGCUUUAGACCUAACAAAACACGGCCGGCCUGCGAGUUUAUUAAACGGCUUCAAACACGACUACAAAUUCAAUAGAUAUACUGCCUUAUCAGUAUUCUUUAUAUAAAGAAUACUAAUGAGGACACGACUACAAUAGAUACUGCCUUAUUAGUAUUCUUUAUAUAAAGAAUACUAAUUAAGAGUGUUUUAUCAGGUUUAAAGCCACUGCACGUUACAUAUUAUGGUUGACAUGAUUUGUCAAUAAGCUUAUGAAUUAUUAAUGAGUGUUUGAAGUUAAUUCAUUUAAUGCGUUCACGCACAAGUGGAGAAUAUAAAUGCAGAAGACUUUUAGCGAAGAAACUACAGUAUACCUAUUAUUUUGACAGACUUCGACCUCCUCCCCCCGCCUGGUCUCAGUUAGCAUACUUUGGCGUGUGAUCGUGUAAACAACAUUGAAUGGGGAGGGCGAUGUUAAUAUUUGUGGCAGUUUUUUGCAUACAUGUAUAUCCAUGCAACUGAUAAUCUAAAACCGCAAUUAUUCCUCCAACAACUUUUGAAAAUUAUUGUAGAACUGGAGAAAAAGAUCGAAACCAAGAUCAAGCGAGAUCGAUAAUCUUUACAAUAGUCGUGAAACUAUACAAGGGCACCACCAACAUCAUUCAUCAAUAUAUAUUUACUUAUUUCGAAGAAAAUCACGAUAUGAAGGGCGCUAGAAACAACGUCAUAAACAAUAAAUUAUAGACAUUAUAUAGAAUUAGGAAACCGAAACCAUGCAGGAUUAUAAUUAGCUAAAGGAUUUUUCAACUUUGUUUAUAAAUGCCUUUAGUCUCUAGAUGUGCUCAUAUAAUAAUGGUCACUCUCUAUUCAUUUAUAUUACUCAAGCAACAAAAUAUUUGAAACAUGAAAUACUGAAAACGGAUUUUGCAAUAAUGAUGUGGAUCAACUAAGCGAAAUAGCGAAGUGAUAGUACUUGAUUGCCACCAAAUAAUCAGAUUAUUAGUAGUGAAAUUGCGUCUUUUGGAAAAAAAAUAUAUAACCUUUGACAUAUUUUAGAACUUUUAAAGAGGAAAAAUACCAGUGGUGAUUGCACUAUUAAAUAAAUCUAAGACAACUUGAUUCAAAUUUGAUAAUCGGCAAGCAUGAUUUUCGCUAUUAUACGCCUGCAUUAUAAAUCUUUUCAUCUGUUUCUGUCCAAAAUCGGCGUAUAUAUAUAUGCACUCUGACUUUACUGUAUACCUUCAAGUGACAAGUUAAUCAGUUGUUAAUUUAGAACAACAAGAAUGGAUAGGAUCUAAUAUUCUAAUGCACUUGAAAGCAAGGGGUAGAGGCAGGAGCGCCUCGGUCAAGAAUAUUUAUUAUUAAUAAUCUAUUAUUAUUAUUAUCAUAUUAAUAUUGUAUACUACGUAUAUACUGUUAAUAUCGUAGUACGUAUCACUAAUAUCGGAAUAUUCUAUACGUAUUCUGUACUUAAAUAGUUCAGGGGGGGGGGGGUAAAAUCUAGAGUCCUUACAUUAGCAAUUUCUGCAUUCUGGGACAAUAUUUAUCUUUGGUACAUAUUUUACUUUAUCCUCAUAUGGGUACAGGCUGGUAAAGGAAUUUACAGGCAGUAUAAUCCCGACAACAAAGGUGUGGAGUGAAAAGUGAUGAGUGAUGGCAUGUGGGCGUACUGCGAAAGAUGUGAAGAAUUCGAGAAUUGUCAGUAAUUGUCAAUAUGAUGUGGUUUAGAAUGUUAGCUGCACAGGAGCCAGCUAGAAUUCUGCCAUUUUUGAAGGAAUAUUUCCUGAAGCACACCUAAUCAAUGCAGAGUGUUUUUUUUUCUUUGCCCUUACUCAUUCUUUAUGCAGUUUGACUAAACAUAUUAACUACAAUUUGUUAUUAGAUAUGCGCAGUAAUUAAAAGGGUGCAAUGCAAAACUGAUGAAUCACCUUAAUUAAUUACAAAAUAAAAGAAUACAUUCCUUUAGCAGAGAAAAAUUUCAAAUUCUCUUUAUACUGAAAUUUUCCAUAAAUGGAAUAAAUUUUAUAAACAAUCAAGAAAGAAAUAUGUAAAAACUAUCGCAAUGCAAAAACAAAAGUCGUUAUCUUUGUGCUGUGCCUGCAUGUUAUGGCCAUUUUUUCUCAAUUCAAAUUGACAAUUUCUCCAUGAAUGUGCCGAUUUUGGUUAACGAUUUUUGAAGUAAAACCUACUUUCAAUUAUUCGCGUCUUUUUAUUUCUAAUGUACGUAGUAUAUAUUUGGAUCAAGAUCCACAUUACAAAAUGUAAUCUGUAUCCUUACUUUUUUGAGAGGGUAAUUUUAUAAUUCUAUUAAUUACUCUUGAAAAAAUAUUUUUAUUUAAAUCAGGAAUUAAUUAUAUCUUUUCAAGCAAGUAAUUGUAACUAAUUCCUUUUUGAGCAGUAAUUUUGCAGCGCUGUAAUAUAUAUUUCGACAUUUGAUUCGAUGGGUCAGCUCGCCUUGCCGGGCUCCCACAUGAACGAGGUACGAUCCCAUCUUCCCGGGCUCAUAUGAACGCAGUUAGCUGGCCAGCCCAAGCAAACCGGGCUGGAAAUCAUAUCACAGCGCAUGAUUUAUCCGCCUAAAAGCUGUCUAAGACGUCCACACAAGCCCCCAAAAGCCAUUGCCGACUACAAAACUAACAUUUUGCGAAAUAAAAAAAUUUGUGUUUCCGUCAAUUUGAUCGCGUGAGAAUUCUUUCAAACCCGCUUACCGGGCCGGUCAAGCUCAUAUGAACAGCCCCAAUAAGAAAACUUCACUAUUAUUCGUUAGAACUUUCUGGACGUAUCAGUUUUUACUAAUGCAUCAUAUAUUAUCUUUGGUCGAGGGUUAUAAGUCGAGGAUACGGUAAAAUAUCGAGGGCGAAGAAAACAGAUUCGAUUUGACUGAAGAAAUUUUCUGUCACCGGUAGAUUACUAUUUUAGGAGAUUGAAUAACUUGUUUGGUUUAUUAUAAGCAUACUUUUUGCUACGAAACAAUAAGUACAAGAAGCCUACAAUUAAUCAUCAAACGACAUUAACAAUAUCAAUAUCAAAGCACAUUUACUAGUCAGUAUAUUCUGUAGGUCUAUAUGUAAAUAAACUGUAUUAGUAAUCGCUUAGCCUUUCGAAAUGUACACAUGCAGUGACGGAAAUACGUAUUGUGGCCCCGUGGAAAAAUAACAUUUAUGCGAGUGAUUUUCUAUAUGGUCCAGCAAAUUUGGCAACAAGGAGAUGACCUCCUCCUUUUAUCAUGGCUGUUUAAUAAAUGUAGGGAAAAAUUCUUUGGAUACAAUAGUUUAAAUUUCCUAAUGUGUAGGAUAUUCUAAGAAAUUCGCUAUGAUUCAACUAAAAUCUUAUAACGACGCAAAACUUUCAGUUCAUUUGGACGAGCAUGCAGAGUUUUAUACUCUAAAGCAUUUUCUAACUAAACUACGCAAUUUUAUUUUUCAGAAACUGCGAAGUUUGUUGCCUGCGGCUAAGAUGUCUGCAUUUGCCAAGGUAUUAAUAUUGGUGCCAUUUGUUAUUCUAUUCUUGCCGAAUAUUGCUUCAGUCCCAGAGUUUUCUAUGGGCGACAAAAUCGGUUCCAUCCGAAGGUAUCUUGUAACAAACUCAAGUAACAUAACUGCUGCCUGCCUCAAUCCUGUCAGCCAAUCAACUUUCAAAGAUGUUUUGCAAUUAAUGGGCAGUGGCACAACGAAUGUGAUUGAUUUGCAUGUCUGGAUUGAAUCGGUCAAUGCUACCAUGAAUAAAACUCAGGUGUUAAAGGGAAUUAAAUGGGCAAACGAAAUAGGACGUACAUUGAUCUCGCUGAUUGCCCAAGCCGAAAAAUCCAAACCAAUUACUUUACCAUGGUAUACAAGCACAUUGACGGCUGGGGUGUACGGUGUGAAUAUUGUUGUCGCUGAAGAAACCAUGCGGUGCAUGUUCUCAGGAAACAAUAUAACGGAUCAGGCCAUUUUUGAUCUCCUCGUGCAUCAACUGUAUUAUAUGAGUGGAAAUAAGACCGAUUAUAAUUUGUGCCGUCCCCACAACGACAAAAAUCAAGUACCAGAGUACAAUUGUUGUACGAUUGUCGGAAGAAACGAUAUACCAAUCUGCUCUGAUUAUUCAUCAAUUGUGACAAAAGUAUUUCCCAUCCUUGUGGUCAUAACCGUAUUUUUUCUUAUGUACAUAGAUUUCCCAAUAAUACUAGAGUAUUUAAGUCAGUAUAAGGAAGAUAAUAAGCAUUACAGAAUUUCUGAUAGUCCAAUGUCACUUUCAUCCAUAUUGCAUUCGGUAUUUGUCGAGGGACAUGGUCCAGUAAAGUCUUUUGGAAGAAAAUUGAUGUUUGUAAUUUUUGUAUUUGUGACAACUUUACCUGAAUGGGGAAAUUCACUAUUGGUGUAUUUGAUCUUCGUAUGUCCAUGGGCAUUAAUUUUUCUGUUUUCCGAUACAUUCACCCUUAAUGAGAACGAUCAUCUAACAAUAGAACCAUUACAGUUGUUGAGCUAUACAUUUAAAAAUCCAAUUGAGAUUAUUGUUCUUCCAUUUAACUUGAAAUGGUGGCAUAAGGUUAGUACGAAAUGGCCACGUUUCUAUAGAAACUUGGAGUUAACGAGAAAUUCAAGUUUUCAACAAUCAGAAACAAAUCCCGAAUUACCGCCAACAACCCAGGAAAGCCAGGAGGAACGACUGCUACUUCUACCACGGCCUGAAAACAACCGUCAGGAAGGUGAUAGACGUUUUGGUUUUCUCGAAAUAAUGAAGUAUCGUUUCUCUAUUUUGAUUUUGCUUGUUGUCUAUUUAAUCACUCUUCCAUUGUUAUGUUUACUUGUUUUAAUACUAUUGUUUAUAUACAAUCACAUAUUUCUUACAGUCAAACCACAGGAAUGUGGGAUUAUUAAACAUAUUUUUGUACUUUGGUUCUUCCUUACAACUUUUCUGCUUAUUAUGGUUUCCAUAACAGAUCUGUUCUUGCUUACAUUUUAUUUGAUCGUUGGUUUGUUUCUGAACGGAGAAAUUUACAGUCCUUAUCUUGUCCCAUUUGCCACCAUUCUAUUUUAUGCUUGGGCAACGUGGAGAACUUCGGUCGAAACAAAAUACUUGGCACUAACUACGAACAUUUACAAAGUUUGCAAAAGAACUAUAGGCGCCGUGGAAAGUGGUGAAAACUCAAACAGUGUUACUGAAAAUGGCGGGAAUGUCAAUAACACUCCACGAUCGUCUACUACGGGUCCUUUCGGGGAACGUUUUAAUAUAGAGUUAAACGACGACAGAGGUCCAAUUAUUCCAAAAAAGCUUUAUGAUUUGGUGAGGGAAAGGCUUUUGCCGUAUGAUCGAAUCCUGUUUCAUUAUUUUCAAGGAGUGUUCUUCAUUGCAAUUUUUGCUUACCUUUUAUACAUCAUGAUGUCUUUGGCUCAGAAAUCCGGAAUCUCGAACAGUGUUCAAAUAAUUGGCACUAUUGCCGCCACUUCAUUACCGUUUAUUUUUGACUUCGUUUGGAAGAAAAGUAGCGACGAACAAAGGGAAGCCAAUAGCAUUGUUUUGAAGUCAAAACUAAAACGUCUUCUGCUGGUUCAAAGUUUCAAUAACACUACCGGAGGAAUGGUAGUGGAAUUUACUGGAAAUGACUGAAUAUUUGGAUUAGUUAUGUAAGAAAACACAAAUAAACAAAUAAACAACUAUACUAACUUAUACAGGCUGACCUAAAUAUUUUUAAAUAUUUUGAACGGAGCUAAAAGAAACAUUUUUCUGGCGGAGCUACAUGAUUAUUUCAGGAUGCGACAAAAGAUAAAAAACAGCAAGGUACAAUGUCCUUUGUGUACAAAAAAUGAGAUUAUACAACACAACUUACUGUAAAAGACUUUGAAGUCAAUGAAUUGAAAUGAACAUCCAAUAGAAAAACAAAGGGCACUUGAAAAAAUGAACUUAGCCUGUGUUAUCAUGACAAUGGUUUAGUUAAAAUUCUGGAUAUAUAGAUUCAUGUCUCGCUGUUUUUAUUCCACGGUUUGCAACCUCGUCCCCUGGCUUUUGGUUUAGGUUAGAAACAUGGCUGGAAACAACGAGAAAUCAAUCUACUGCAUACAGUAACUAACAUUUUCAGUAAUUUCAGGUUUUGUAUACAUUGGCAAGAGACGUUAACCCUUAACUUUACUGGCUUAAGUGCACAGUUUAAUUACUGUUACAUAUGUAUAGCCAGACGAACUUAUAAUAAUUAGGGACCGUUCAUAAUUUAUGUGAUGAGGGGCUAUGAGGAUUUUGCAUUUUGAAAUAUGUUUUGGCAAGGCCCCCCUCCGUACCUACCAUAUUUUUUGUGACCCCCCGCCCAAACAUUCAAUAGUUACAAAAAAAUCAUGCCCCCCCCCCCAAAAAAAAAAAACAACAAUGAUGAUACAAAAUACCAAUAGUGUGAAUAAUGCCCCCAUGAUACUUUGCACACUAAGAGUUUGGGAGUUUAAAGUUUAAGAUUUUCAGAACAACCUUUUUUCAAUUAACUGUGUAUAUAUUGUACGGUAUAUAGACUUCAGGUAACAAAUAUAUUUGAUAUGAUAAACACGACAAGUGUGAAUAGUAUAGCGUUUCUUGAUGACCCCUCCAUGGGCACCGUUCCAGAUUCUUAACUUAUUUUUUACAGCCCCCACCCCCUAAAUAUUACAGUAAAAAUAACUGACCCCCAAAAUCCUGAUAGCCCCCCCCCCCACAACCACAUAAAUUAUGAACGCUCCUUAAUAUAUAAUUGACCUUUUCUAGACUUUGCGUAUAUAAAACGUUUGUAAUAUGAUGCUUGCAUGAGACAUAAAAUUAAUGUGUAGCAAAAUGUUAACUUUCUAUAGUAG